AACGGCCCAGCUGGAGUCGCCGUCUCGUGUCCGUCGCGGCAGCACAGAUCGCCAUCUCGCUCCAGCUCCACCCACACCACUGCACAGUAACUACCACCAGUCCACACGACGCCGGCGCGGCCUCCUCCCUCCCUCCUCAAAGAUUCGAUUCGUGUCUUCUCCCUCCUCCUCCUCCCACAUGGCCGGCGACCUGCGCCACCGCCGCGCGCCGGCGGAGGACGGGGGCGAGAGCGCCUCCUCAGCCGGGGAGGGAGCCGCCGCCAGCGGCAAGGAUGGGGCGGGGGAGCCGAGGGGGAAGAGGGAGGCGCUGGGGUGGCUCGAAUGGGGCCGCGGCUGGAUGGCCAUCGUGGGGGAGUUCCUCUUCCAGCGCAUCGCCGCCAGCCACCUCGCCAACCCGCUCGAGCUGCCCCCGCUCGAGGGCGUCUCCAUCAUCGUCACCGGCGCCACCAGCGGCAUCGGCCUCGAGAUCGCAAGACAACUCACACAGGCCGGGGCACAUGUUGUGAUGGCAGUUAGGAGACCCAAGGUGGCACAAGAGUUGAUUCAGAAAUGGCAGAAUGAAAGUUCAGAAACAGGAGCUCCACUAAAUGCUGAGGUGAUGGAACUUGACCUGCUUUCCCUCGAUUCGGUUGUCAAAUUUGCUGAUGCUUGGAAUGCUCGUAUGGCACCCUUACACGUGUUGAUCAACAAUGCUGGAAUCUUCGCUAUAGGAGAGCCACAGCGUUUUUCAAAGGAUGGUCACGAAGAGCACAUGCAAGUAAACCAUCUUGCACCUGCAUUACUGGCGAUGUUGCUUAUACCUUCCCUUCUCCGAGGUUCUCCCUGCAGAAUUGUUAAUGUCAAUUCAAUUAUGCACACUGUAGGCUUUGUUGAUGCUGAGGAUAUGAACUUGAGAAAGAGGAAAUAUAGAAGUUGGCUGGGAUAUUCAAAUAGCAAGUUGGCACAGAUAAAAUUUAGCAGCAUGCUUCAUAAGAGAAUCCCUGCAGAAGCUGGCAUCAACAUUAUUUGCGCUUCUCCUGGGAUUGUCGACACGAAUGUUGCAAGAGAUCUUCCUAAGGUUGUUGUAGCUGCCUAUCAUUUGAUUCCCUACUUCAUAUUUGAUGCUCAAGAAGGUUCUAGGAGUACAAUAUUUGCAGCAUCUGACCCCCAGGUUCUGGAAUACUGUGAGAUGCUGAAGUCUGAAGACUGGCCUGUUUGCGCUUGCAUUAAUUACGAUUGUAAUCCAAUGAAUGCAUCUGAAGAGGCACACAACCUUGAAACUUCGCAGUUGGUUUGGGAGAAAACACUUGAGAUGAUUGGCCUUCCGCCAGAUGCCCUGGAGAAGCUCAUCGCUGGGGAAUCCAUUCAGUGCCGUUAUGGACAACAGGAGGCAUAAUAGAAAUCGCACAGAUCCAAAUCGAAAAGUGGUGGGUUUGUUCCUGUUCUUGAUUAGAGCACCUUUGUUAUAUCAUUCUGAUCCUGUAUUUGAAGGGGAAAAACACAUAGAGGAAGCGGAAAGAGAAAACUGAGUUUGUUAACAGUUAUGCAAGUUUGCUCUAGUUUGAGAUCACGGGGAGCCUUUUCUUUUGAGCAAAAAGGACAUUGUAAAGAGCAGUAGAAAUACACUCCCGUAUUAUUUGUGAUCACUGACAAUGAUAGUGAUAAAGAGAUGCGUAUCCUGAGUUGUUUUUCCC